AUGAGCAGUGCAGCCAACAUCAAAGUCAUAUCUCAGAGCCGGAGUGAUACAGGUGUCAGUACAAGUUUGUCUUUACCUCAAAGCAUGAUGCCUCUCCCAAAGAUGGAUCCCAAACAACAGUAUGGUGGCCUCCCCAAUCCUGCGGUGCAGUUUCAGCAUGCUGCUAAACGACAGCCUGCAUCAUCUUCAUCAUCUGCUUCCUCGGGCCCUGCAGACCUGCUGAGAGGUAGGGCUUUAAAAAACCAGCUGCUGCAGCAAAAGAUGAGCAUGUAUUCAAACAGAGGCCCAGCAGCUACAGAGAGAAGAGACGGGACAUGUUCAGCAUACAGCAGCCCUCAGAUACCAAAGAGGGAUUUCUCACGAUCUAAAGACACGUUGGACCUUUGCAAUAGCACAGCAACUCAGAAAGCUUUAAAAGACCUGCAGUUUAGAAGAAACACAAACCAGAACUGGACCUUUGGGAAGUGUCGUCUCAGUAAUGUGGACAAUGCCCAAGAAGGAGACGCCUUACAGAAGCUUUCUGCUGAUGUUCAGUCAGGCCACAGAGGAGGACGUCUUCUUUACACCAAAGGGCCAAAUGGGAAUGAGAUGUCACGGCUGUCUUCAGCUGGACUGGAGCCUUUCCAAAAACAAGUGAGGAACAUAUCAAACCAGGAUCGGACAACUUCCGAAAGAAAGAUACUCAGUAGCAAAUCGAAGGAUCCGUAUCGGACAUUCAACAUGAAACGCAGAGGAAGUGAGCCGGCAAAAAUUACCAUGGCUGCUGUUGCUCCAUUCAGAUUCAGGUUUCAGGUCAACGAGGACUCAGAUGCCACCUUUGAUGAUCUAAGUGACUGCUCCUCGGAUUCAAUGGAGGUCUGUUGUGAUGAUUUAGGAGACAUGUUUGGAACUAGUGUGAAAGGCAGAGAAGGAGAUCUGAAGAUGGAAAGGACGGAUAGCACUAAAGGGUACAGCCAAGCAGAUGGCAAAGGAGUUGGUAUGGCAGCCAAGAGGCCCAAGUCAGGAGUGCCCCAGAGCACACAGAGGAGUGAACUAAAGGUUUACCGGGCUGGUAGUUCUGAGGGCAGGAUACCAGUGCCUUCAAGUCUUCGCAAACAAAGGUCGAUGACAAACCUGGCUGUACUCACUGAUGCUGAGAAGAAGCUGCAUCUUUACGAGCCAAAGUGGUGUGAUGACAUGGCCAAGCCUGGAGCAGGGCAGAGCAAGGCGAGCAAGCCAAAGACCCCAGGAGGUGACAGCAGUGCCGGCGGUGGUGCUCCUCUUUCUCGAAACCUAUCCAAGUCUGAACACUCACUGUUCCAGGGCAAACCCAAGCCCUUCAGCCCACUAGCUGCUCCCACUGCCCUAGGCAAGCAGAGUCGCAUACCUCGUGGUCCUUUUGCUGAGGUGAAGCCUUUGAGCAAGGCACCUGAGGAUGGGAAGUCAGAUGAUGAAAUACUCUCAAGCAAAGCCAAGACCAACCCAAAGAAAGCUGGGGCUGGAGCUGGAGUAGAGUCCGCUUCCAAAGGCCAAGGAGAGGAAGGGGGAGAUAAGCCCUUCUUAAAGGUGGAUCCAGAGCUGGUGGUGACAGUGCUGGGUGACCUGGAGCAGCUUCUUUUCAGUCAGAUAUUAGAUCCUGAGUCCCAGAGGAAGCGGACGGUGCAGAACGUUCUCGAUCUCCGUCAGAAUCUGGAAGACACGAUGACGAGUCUCCGGGGCUCCCAGCUCAGUCACAGCUGUAUGGAGAGCAGUAACGUGGGCUAUGACAGCGAUGAGACCAAUGCUCGCAGCAUAUCCAGCCUGUCGAACCGCUCUUCACCUCUGUCCUGGCGCCACGGUCAAUCCAGUCCCCGUCUCCAGGCCGGCGACGCCCCGUCCUCAACAGGCAGUGGAUACCAGGGCAGUAAAAGCUCUUCGCAGUACACAGCUCACACAAUGCCUGCUCGCUGCUCCAGCCGCCUCAACAGCACAUCCCGCAUCGAGCUUAUAGAGGGUCUCGAUGAUGCUGACCUCAAGUCUGGUUACCUGAGUGACACUGACCUUCAAGGGAAAAGCCUGCCAGAUGAUGAAGAUGAAAACCUGGCUAAUGGCUGGGAUGAGAGCAGCUCCAUCAGCAGUGGGCUGAGCGAUGGUGACGGCUCAGAGAAUCUCAGCUCAGAGGAGUUUAAUGCCAGCUCCUCUCUUAACUCUCUCCCGAGCACACCUUUGGGAUCAAGACGGAGCUCUUCUGUCAUGCUCCGCACAGACGCAGAGAAGCGCUCCCUGGUGGAAAGUGGCCUUUCUUGGUACAGCGAAGACGGCAAAGUCAGCCACAAGCUCAGCAGCUGCAGCUAUGACUCAGGAAGUCUCAAGACAGAAGCUCCAAGCAAGUGGAGAAAAAAGCCUCCGAGCCUCAGUGAAGAGUUUGGGAUGAGAGCGGAAAUAAAGAAGCCUCAGAGUUUGGGUCAACCAGGUAGUUUCAAGAAGGCCAGAAAUCCUCCAGUCGGCGUUACCUCCCCCAUCACCCAUACCUCACAAAGUAUGCUCAAAGUUGCAGCUCCAAAAAUUGAGAAGCCCCUGGACAAAUCCAAAAUCUCUGUGAAGUCUGCGGGUCUACAGCGGAGUCGCUCUGAUGCUGGCAGGGAUUAUCACGGAGAGCAUCGCAAACCCCCAUCAGGUUUGGUCAAACCAUCCGCAGGAAGCACCUUUGGAUACAAGAAACCUCCAACAGUCACCGGUACCGCAACGGUUCUGACAGCAGGGGGCGUCACCAUCUCCAGUGGCUCUGCUACUCUGGGGAAAGUCCCCAAGUCGUCUGGCAUCCCUGUGAAGCCCCUGGGGGGAGGAACCGCUUUGGGUAGAAAGAACAGUUUUGAUGCCAGCAGUGAGCAGGGUUUCUUGGGGCCAAACGCCCGGAACAGCAUUCAGUAUCGCAGCCUGCCUCGACCAGCCAAGUCAAGCACGCUCAGUGUCAUCGGCCGCCCAGCAGCUCGACCCAUCAGCAGCACCAUUGACUCAAGUCUGUUGAGUUUGAAGCCUGUACCUCUGGUUUCCACAGGGCCCAGGAUUAAAGAGCCUAGUAGCUGCAGCAGUAAAAUGACCAAUAGAACCAUUACAGGGCCGGUGAACCAGACAGACAGAGAGAAAGAGAAGGAGAGAGCCAAGGCCAAGGCUGUAGGUGCUGACGUGGACUGUGCCGCUCUAAAAAGAGAGAACAGUCAGCCUGAGUCCACAGCAGAACCUGCUAUGAAACUGUACGGUCUGAGACGGACCAGCAGCAGCAAAUACCCUGAACUGUCCUCUCCCACAACACCAAGGAUGCUCAACACUAAAUCUCUUGGUCGUCCACCCAGCUUGGCUCACCUGGACAAGGUCAAUUCUAACAGUCUUGACUCCUGUGUGACCAUCCAAGAUCUUCCACCAAAAGUACCCCCAUAUUCUAAGCUUCAGGACUUGGCUGGUUCCCACACAGGAACCCGCCUCACCCCAAGCCCAGCACCUGUCCUCCACAUCGAUUCUCCCAGUUACACCAGUGAAAGCCUGAGCUUGAGCGGAUCCCCCAUGCUCUACCCUAAACUGUCUGGCAUGCAUCGCAGCAUGGAGUCCCUGCCGCUCCAAAUGAGUGUCCCCUCGAGUGCAAGGUUUGCUGCUACAGACCCAUGCGACAAGGAAGAGCGGGGUACCGGAACCUGGGGCGGUGGGACUAGAACGCCCCUCAACAUUUCAGAUGGCUUGCAAACAGAUCGGAACACUUUACCGAAGAAAGGCUUGGAAUGCUAUGGCUCAAGCCUCUCAGAGAGUGAUGGAAGCAAACCAGGAAGGCGCCACUCCCACACUGUAGUGAACAUGACAGAGAGCGAUAGCCCCCCUCAGCUGCCUUCGCCCACCCGCACUCUUCAUCCUUCUUCCACCAAAACUCCUCUCACUAACGUGGUUGCCCCAAUUUCUUGUGUCACCCCGAGGAUAUCGCGCUCCAACAGCACAGGCCCCUCCAGUGACACAGCUUGCGAUCUGUAUGGAUCCUCCCCCCUGGGCAGCAGUAUGUCCCUGGCUGACCGGCCAAAAAGCAUGAUGCGGUCAGGGUCUUUCCGUGAACCAGGGGAUGAUGUGCAUGGCUCUGUUCUCUCUUUGGCCUCCAAUGCUUCAUCCAACUAUUCAGGGAAUGAGGAGAGGAUACAAGGAGAGCAAAUCCGCAAGCUGAGGAGAGAGCUGGAAUCCUCUCAGGAAAAAGUCGCCAACCUGACCAUGCAGCUUUCUGCAAACCUAGGCCAGGCUAAUCUGGUAGCCGCGUUUGAACAGAGUCUGGCUCUGAUGACUGCACGUCUGCAGACACUGUCCGUUUCCUCAGAGCAAAAGGAUUCUGAGCUCACCGAACUGAAGGACACUAUUGAGAUUUUGAAAACCAAAAAUACAGAAGCCCAGGAAAUCAUUCAGGGUGCUCUGAGUAAUCCAGACAUCACACCUAAAGAGCUGCUGAUCAAUCGCCAGAACUCCUCAGAGAGCAUCUCCAGUCUCACCAGCACUACAAGCCAGUCGAGUAUGGGAAGUCUCAAGGAGCAGGAGGCCAAGAAGAAGAAAAAGAAGAGCUGGGUGUGUGAGCUGCGCAGCUCCUUCAACAAAGCUUUCAGUAAGAAGGGCUCCAAGUCCGGGCCAUAUGCCGACAUCGAAGAGAUUGCCACUCCUGAGUCUUCAGCACCUUCUUCCCCAAAGGUCAACAAUGUUGGAGAUAACCCUCAACAGGCAAUGAAAUCCUCAACCUCUGCAUCAUCCUCAGGACUUUGUGAAGAGGAUGAUGACGGAGACGAUAAGGUUGUAACAGAGCUGCGUACAGAGCUGUGGGAGAAGGAGCGUAAACUGACAGACAUUCGUCUGGAAGCUCUGAACUCUGCACAUCAUCUGGAGCAGCUGCAGGAGGCCAUGAUCAAUAUGCAGAGGACAGUGGAGAAUCUGAAGACUGAGAAUGAUCAUCUGAAGACAGGCAGUCUGUCUCCCUGCCCGUCCCCUGGACCUUCCAGCUCUGCCUCCCAGUCUUCAGGUCUCGCAGCUCUGGGAAGCUCAUCACCUCGACAGUCUGUCGCCGUGCACAUGCCCAAAAGCUACAGCAGAGGGCUGAGCGAGGGGAGCAGCUCAGAUGUCCACUCUGCAGACUCCCUCAGCCUUUCUUUGCAAAGAGAUGAUCAUCGCGUUAGAGUGGUAGUUUGUGUAGUAGAUUUACGAGUUUUUAAAGAUGAGGUUAAACAGCAGGAUUUCUUUGUCGGCACUGUCAGGGUGAAUGGUAGGAUGGACUGGGUCAUGCUGGAUUCUGCUGUCAGCCAAGCUUUCAAAGUCUACAUAACCAAAGUGGACCCCACCUCCAGCCUUGGUCUUUCUACAGACUCAGUCUACAGCUACAGUAUGGGCCACAUAAAGAGGGUGCUGGGAGGAGACACUCCUGAGACGCAGCCGUCUCGCUGCAUGUCUCGAGGCCCCACCAGCAUCACAGUGGCUCUGAAAGGUUUAAAGGAGAAAUGUGUGGACAGCCUGGUGUUUGAAACUCUCAUACCCAAACCCAUGAUGCAACAUUACAUCAGUCUCCUACUCAAACACCGACGUCUCAUCCUGGCUGGUCCUAGCGGGACAGGUAAGACCUACCUUGCAUCCCGCCUGGCUGAGUACCUGGUGGACCGCAGUGCCCGUGAAGUCACAGACGGCAUCGUGAUGACCUUCAACAUGCAUCGCCAGUCAUGCAAGGAUCUGCAGCUUUAUCUGUCGAAUUUAGCCAAUCAAAUAGACCGGGAAACUAAUGCAUCAGAAAUUCCACUGGUUGUUAUUCUAGACGAUAUUCAUGAUCCCGUUUCCAUCAGCGAACUUGUCAAUGGUGCUCUUACAUGCAAAUACCACAAAUGUCCUUAUAUUAUUGGAACAAGCAAUCAGCCGGUGAAGAUGACCGCAAACCACAGCUUGCAUCUCAGCUUCAGAAUGGUGACCUUCUCUAACAACGUGGAACCAGCCAAUGGCUUCCUUGUACGGUAUUUGCACAGGAAGCUGAUGGAGUCAGAAGAUGAGAGAAACUUGACCAAUGAGAACCUCAUCAGGGUGUUAGACUGGGUUCCAAAACUGUGGUAUCAUUUGCACACCUUUCUUGAGAAGCACAGUACAUCGGACUUUCUUAUUGGCCCUUGCUUUUUUCUAUCCUGUCCAGUCACAGUUGAUGAGUUUCGAUCUUGGUUCAUUGAUCUGUGGAACCACUCUAUUAUUCCUUAUCUGCAAGAAGGCGCCAAAGAUGGCAUCAAGGUCCACGGUCAGAAGGCAGUAUGGGAGGACCCAGUGGAGUGGGUGAGGGGCACUCUGCCAUGGCCUUCUGCACAACAGGACCAAGCAAAGCUUUUCCAUCUUCCUCCUCCGAGCAUCAGCUCAAGCAGCCCGUGCCAGCCCAGUGAGGAGAAGCCUCACAAGGAAACUCCACCCAGCUCCAUGGAGUCUGAUCCUUUGAUGGCAAUGCUUCUGAAACUGCAAGAGGCUGCCAAUUACAUUGAAUCUCCAGACAAAGAAGAUUUAAGCCUGCCUAAACUUUAAAAGCAAAACUCACAAUUAACACCCAGCACAUCUGAUUGAGCAGUCAGAAAGAAACACACCUUUAUAAAUGAUUGUGGGGUGACUUUAAUUGUCAUUAUCUACUGUGGGAGGUUGUGAGUAAAUUCCAAAUCAUUGUUACACACACACAGUAUUAAAGUAACACACUUCACAAGAAUUAAA